GGCUCAGCAUCCCCGGUCCUCGCGUUUUGCGGAGCGCGAGUUCGGUCCGGGUUGAGCGCGUUUUGCUUACCGAACCACAUGUACAGAUACCUUCAAUGCGCCCUUUUAGCAGGGCUGUAUUCCGAGGGCUUGGCUGCGCUCCGAAGAAACAGCAGAGCGCAGCAGGCGCGACAGAAAGCGAAGAAGCGCAGGCUGUGGAGUUUAGGAAGGUCCUUGCAGGACUGCUCUUCGGAGGCGCGCUUCUUCGAUGAUUUUAGCGAGGGCGAGUCGACCUAUGACGAGGCCUUCUUCCAUCAGUCGCCUCAGCAUUUUGAUGUCGGCUAUCAUGAGGAGAUACCUCCACAAGUGGUGGACCCGAACAUCUUUGCCGAGACGCCUUCGGCAGGUUCCAAAGAAGCCUGGCAAACGUAUUGGCCUGGCUCGGCAUCAGUGGUGACGAAUCGAAUUGGGCCGCAGCCCUCCUGGCAGUUGUCCAAUACCGAGUACAUGGAACCCUAUUUGGUGGCUGGUGAGAACAGUGAUGGCACUGGAGGCCAAUCCAAGAAGGCGGCUCGAUGGUUUGACACCUCCGUCCUGCGCUACAACGG